UAGCCUGGCCUAAAGUCGCAACAGCUGAUUGUCAAAUAGGAAACUAACAAUGUCUGCCGUGUGCGGAGACGGAAGAGAUUCAGCGAUGGAGUGUGGAGAAAAAUCAUCUGCUCGGUGCACAAGUGGUGGUGCUGAAGACUCUCUGGACAGACUCCUCCCCACUGUCAACACUAGCCUGUCACCUCGGAAACGAACCACCAGUCAAUGCAAAUCAGAGCCUCCUCUGCUCCGGACCAGUAAGAGAACCAUCUACACAGCCGGACGGCCACCAUGGUACAAUGAGCACGGGACGCAGUCCAAAGAAGCGUUUGUCAUUGGACUUUGCGGAGGCAGUGCCUCAGGGAAAACAACAGUCGCUCGUAAAAUUAUUGAGGCUUUGGAUGUCCCUUGGGUGGUUCUUCUGUCAAUGGAUUCCUUCUAUAAGGUUCUGACGUCUGAACAGCAGCUGCAGGCCGCUAGUAACGAUUACAACUUUGACCAUCCAGACGCCUUUGAUUUCGUCCUGCUGGUUCACACGCUCCGCAAACUCAAGCAGGGCAAGAGCGUCAAGAUCCCAGUGUACGACUUCACCACACACGGACGCCAGAAAGAAUGGAAAACAGUGUAUGGUGCAAGUGUUAUCAUCUUCGAGGGCAUCAUGUCAUUUGCGGAUAAAGAGCUGCUGAAGCUGCUGGACAUGAAGAUCUUUGUGGACACUGAUUCUGACAUCCGGCUGGUACGGAGGCUCAGGAGGGACAUCACAGAGCGUGGACGGGACAUCGAGGGAGUCAUCAAACAGUAUAACAAAUUUGUCAAGCCGGCUUUUGAACAGUACAUUGAGCCAACCAUGAGACUGGCAGAUAUUGUGGUGCCAAGGGGGGGUGGAAACAUGGUGGCCAUUGACCUGAUAGUGCAGCAUGUACACAGUCAGCUGGAGGAGAGAAAGCUCCGCUGGGAUAUGGCGGCGCUGGCAUCUGCUCAUCAGGCACAGCCGCUACCACAGACUCUGAGUGUUCUGGAAAGCACACCGCAGGUCCGCGGCAUGCACACCAUCAUCAGAAAUAAAGACACCAAUCGAGACGAGUUCAUCUUCUACUCCAAGAGGUUAAUGCGGCUCCUCAUCGAGAGAGCGCUGUCCUUCCUUCCAUCUCAGGUCCACAUUGUUCAGACCCCACAAGGAGAGGAUUAUGAGGGCAGAAUCUUUCAUGGAAAGAGGAUUACGGGCGUGUCGAUUCUAAGGGCGGGAGAAACCAUGGAGCCUGCGCUUAGAGCCGUGUGCAAAGACGUCCGCAUUGGCAAAAUCCUCAUCCAGACCAAUCAGGACACAGGAGAGCCUGAGUUACACUACUUGCGUCUACCCAAAGACAUCAGCGAGGAUCAUGUGAUUCUGAUGGACUGCACUGUGUCCACUGGAGCGGCAGCCAUGAUGGCCAUCAGAGUUUUACUAGAUCAUGAUGUUCAGGAGGAAAAGAUCCUGUUGGUGUCUCUGCUGAUGGCCGAGAUGGGUGUUCAUUCAGUGGCCUACGCUUUCCCUCAGGUCAAAAUCAUCACCACCGCCGUCGACAAGAAGGUCAAUGACCUCUUCCACAUCAUCCCCGGCAUAGGAAAUUUUGGCGACCGUUACUUUGGCACGGACGCUCCUACAGACUGGAGCGAUGAUGACAUGGACGAGCCGAGCUGCUGAGAGACUAACAUUUGUACAUUUUAUCCAAAAACAAUAUUUUUAUACAUUUUUUGCACUUCCCAAAUGGAAAAAAAGAGUGUUUUUAUUUGUGACCUUUUUAUUUAUGAACGCUUAUUUAAUGCUAUAUUUAACAUGUACAACUGAAGCACAUGCAGUUGCAUCAUUGCCUUACGUGUUUUUUGCUACGGUUGUAGUACUUUAGCCAUAUGAACACAACAUGCUUGUUGCUUUCAUUAUUUUCUCUACUCAGUUUCAUGCAGCAGAGCUUUUCAGAGGGUAAAAUAAGCCUCAAAGUGCUGCUGUGCUACACUUAGACCGUGAAAAUUCUUUGAAGGACCACUUCGUCGGAAAAAACACGUGGGCGUUGCUUUUGUUUUAAUCUUUUGCUUUCUCGCUUUACCUGCAGACGAAUGCUGACCAAACCACAGACUGCUCACAAAUACACUUUCACAACACAGUACCACCACUCUAUGCAAUGACUGCGCUAUAAAACCCUCAAAUAUUGAGCUUUUCUUCAUUGAUUAAUAAAUCAAACAUAUAAGCUUGAGUCAACAGCUUUCUGUCAAACGCGGAAAUGAUCACAACUCCAUUUAAAAGAAAAGCACAUUCUGUAAGAUUGACCGACCUGCUUUUGUUGAAGCCACAAAGACAGUUAUAUUUUUAUCUGGCCAUUGAGUUCAUAGCUGGCUUUACCAUAUAUGGCUCUGUCAUCUCAAUGUUCAUACAAAACGUCACUAGAUCAAAACUAGCCCACAGGAAGCGCUGGUGUUUGGCCUGAAGUUCAGCCCCCCGAAACCUCUUAGUGUAUUGUCAGUGUCUCGGUUUUAUUAUUUUUACCCCGCUGAGCACUCUGACUGAUUAAUUCAUCGCUGUGAAACUUGAUGUGUAUGUGUUGUUUGUUUGAAUGACGCUGAUUUGAAAUGUGUGUAUAUUUGUAAACUAUGAAAAUGGCAUGUUUUUUUAAUGCUCGGCAAGGCCUAUUGAAUGUAUCCACUGUGAUGUUUUGUUGAACAACGGGAAUAAAAAUCAUACGUUUAUGGAUGUUUA